ACAAAAUUGGGUUGCAGAUUCUUUAGGUUUUUCUUUCUUCUCACGAAAUCUGAGUGGCCAUGUCAGCGAAUGUAAGAUCAGGUGUCAGUGAAGAAUGCAAUUGCAUGGAUUCCAGCUCUGGGGAAUCUGAAACCGCGUGGGCGUGCAUGUGCUCAUGACAUCCGUACAUCUCAACGAAAACGAGGUGAAAUCCUGUGACUCGCACUGACCAUGCAACAAAUCACUGUUACGUCCAUGUGUGAAUGCCAUCAUAGGAGGGUGCAACAUUACAUGGCCCAUUCCGCAAUGCAUUUUUGUUGUUUACAUGGUCAAUUUCACCUCUUUACUUGUUUUGGGCUAACACUUACAGUCAGCCCAAUGGACUAUAAAUCUUGCCCAAUCCUCUUUUCUUUCCAUUCUACAUUAAGAGACUCCCAGGUGACAUAUUCAAACCUUCUUCUUGGCUAUACCCAAACGAAGCCAUUGAGAUUUUAUAGUUCAAUGAAUUGAGAUGGUUCUGACACAUACAAUGGUGUAGCUUCCAAGAGAAAAACGUUUCUUCUUCGUAGGCAAAUUUGGUUUUUUUUAAUGGUUUUGUAUCGUUUUUGUGAAAGAUUGUUUCGAAAUUAAUUCUGUGUUUUAGAUUCCAAGACAAAUAUGUGAAUCAUCAAGAAGAGGGAAACUAUUUGGAUCACCUAAGGUAAGACUAUUGGUGUUUCUGUAACUCUGACCAGGUUUGCAACUUUAAUGGCCAAAAAUCCAGGCCAAACCAUGGCCUUUUCUCAAUGUUUUCCAUUCAUAUGUGUGGGGUGAUUCUUUUAGAGUCACCUCCACCUGCUACAUAUCCCCUAUUUGAGACCUUCCCCAACAGAGAAGCUUGAACUCUAAGUGGGUAAUAAACCCCUGGCCUCACAAAACCAUAAAUUGAUUUGGUACUACAGUGUUUUAAGUACUCAACUUAGGAGCUGAAAAUCAAAGGGCAGAGGAUGAAAUCUAGUGGGUCAGCUCUGCUGAGUCAGCUCACCAGCAGGGAGAACAGAUUAUUAGAUUCGUCAGCAGCAGGGUAUGGUUAUAAUAAGAUGUUUGAUGAGGACGCCACCUGUGAAGGCAACCUUCAGAGAUGGAAAUGCGAGGAAAAUGGAGUGAGACUGAGAAAAAGAGUGGUGAUUCUUGUGGAUGAAUCUCGUGAAGCAAGGCUGGCAUUGUUGUGGGCUCUCUCUCAUGUGGUCAACAAUUCUGAUAUUGUCACUCUGCUGUACAUUGUGGAUUGCCACAAAACUCUGUUAUCUACACAUCUCAAAGACAAGUUUUGCUGCUCUGGAAAGGCGUAUGAAAGAAAUCUAGAGGCCAAGGGAUUUGAUUUGGUGAAUUCCCUGGAGUCACUAUCCAAGGCACGCCGGCCAGAGGUACAAACUGAAGUUGUUGUGGUGGGAGGUGAUAAAGCACCAACAAUUGUAAACCAGGUCAACAAACUUGAAGCCUCAGUGCUUGUUAUAGGGCAGAGAAGGCCUUCAUUAUUUCAGAGGAUGUUCCAUACAAGGAGUGAUGCAUUGGUAGAGUACUGCAUUGCAAAUACUGAGUGCUUGACAUUGGGUGUAAGGAAGCAGAGCAACAAGAUUGGUGGGUACCUCAUCAAUAGCCGCUGGCAGAAAAAUUUCUGGCUUCUGGCGUAGAAUUCUAUGUUGUAUAUUUGCCUAUGGGCCAUCCGAAAAUACAAAUCUCAAGGCUCUUAAUUAGCCAGUACCUUGUUAGAAGAUGUAUAGAUUGUACCAUACAAUUUCAUGGUUUAUGUGCAGAUUAUAAAAAUGAUAGAAUUUCUAGCUA